UCAACAAGAAAAAAUCAUCAAUGAUGGCCCAUAGGUAUGAUGACGGGCUUUAUGGAUCGAUGGAGAAUCCAUAUGCAACAAUGUCCGGUUUAGGAUCAGGACAUGUAGCAGCUCAUCUAUCGAAUCAUGGUACACCACAGCCACAACCACCACCACCACCAUCAUCGAUGCAUAAUUCUUAUCAUAAUAAUAAUCACCAUGUUAUGUCAAACAAUGGUCCAAUGUUGGGACAAAUGGCAGACAAAAGAGACAAGGAUGCAAUCUAUGGACAUCCAUUAUUUCCAUUAUUGGCAUUAAUAUUUGAAAAAUGUGAAUUGGCCACCUGUACACCAAGAGAACCUGGUGUUACCGGUGGUGAUGUUUGCUCAUCAGAAUCAUUUAAUGAAGAUAUUGCUGUAUUUGCUAAACAGAUUCGUCAAGAAAAACCAUACUAUGUACCGAAUCCUGAAUUAGAUAGUUUGAUGGUUCAAGCAAUUCAAGUGUUAAGGUUCCAUCUUCUUGAACUUGAAAAGGUACAUGAAUUAUGUGACAAUUUUUGUCAACGUUACAUCAGCUGUUUAAAAGGGAAAAUGCCCAUUGAUUUGGUCAUCGAUGAAAGGGAUACAAAACCCGAUCUUGGUGAUAAUAAUAAUAGUUCAAGUAAUGGUAGUGGUGGACCACCUGGUAUUGGUCUUGGUGGUGGUGGUGGUUCAUCAUCUAAUGGUGGAAUUGGUGGUUUACGUGGUAAUGGUGGUGGUAGUUCUGAUCAUGGUCAUCAUUCUGAUAGUGCAUCAACACCUGAUCAUCAAGUUUGUUAUUCGCGGCCACCAUCACAAUCACUUAAUUCAUAUGGACAUGGUAUACAUGAUGAUGUACGAUCACCGAAUGGAUCGACUGGAACACCUGGACCAUUAUCACAACAACCUAGUUCACAACAAUCAACCGAUAAUAAUAGCGAAGCGGGAUCUUUUUUAGGCGACGCUAGCAUUGGAUCGGGUGAUGGUACCGGUGAUGAUGAUGAUGAUGAUCGUAGUAAAAAACGGCAGAAAAAACGUGGCAUAUUUCCUAAAGUAGCAACGAAUAUAAUGAGAGCUUGGCUAUUUCAGCAUUUAACGCAUCCGUAUCCAUCUGAAGAUCAAAAAAAGCAACUAGCUCAAGAUACUGGUCUAACAAUAUUGCAAGUGAAUAAUUGGUUUAUCAAUGCCAGAAGACGAAUCGUUCAACCAAUGAUUGAUCAAUCAAAUCGAGCAGAUCUUGGUGGUUCAUUAGGAUCAGCCGGUUCAGCAUAUAGUCCCGAUCCAAAUAUGGGUUAUCUGAUGGACAGUAGCCAACAAUUUCGUACACCUGGCAUACAAGGAGACGGAGGAUGUACGGAUGGCACCACCACCACGAUGGACGCGAUGGCUGGAUAUUCUGCAUCAGCCAUUAAUCAAGCACAAUUACGUACACAACAACAGAUGCUAUUAUCAUCGGGACAUCAUCACCAUACACAUGCGGCAACUGCAGCUGCAAUGAUGAUGGGACAUACAAUGAUGGGCCAUCAUCAUCAUCAUCCAGGUAUUACACAUCAACCAUCACCAUUAUAUGAUAGUUCUGGUCAACAUAUUAUGGACAUACAUGCUACCUAGCUAAAUACAAAUCAAAACCAAUCAACUAUCUAACCAAUAAUAAUCUUCAAUCGACAACAAGAAAAUGAUUUCCCAUUUUUUCCCACAUUCUUUUAUCUCUGUCUUUAUUUUGUACCAAGCCUCAUUUGUCACCAGGCAAAAACGAAAUAUCAAAUUCGACUGGAAUCAAUGAAUGAAUGAGAUUCACAAGAAUAUUACUAUUUAGUGCAAAUAUAUCACCCAUACGCAAACAAACAAACAAACACACACACACACACACACACACACACAUCGAAUCGAAUCAUAACAUUCUUGUUCCACCAAAUGGAUAUUUUCAUUUUCAUAAUCAAAUUGACAAAACAAAUUAAUAUUUAAUGAAUAAUUUAGACUGAAUGAUGUCGUUAGUAUCAAAUCAAUCAAUCAAUCAAUUUAUUAAAUAAUAAUAUAAUAAAAUUAAUGUUUUAUUCUU